GCGCCUUGCUGGGAAUGAUCUUUCUUUCAUACCAAAAGAAGCAUUUAUGGGUCUCUAUAAUCUUAAGGUCUUGAUGCUCCAGAACAACCAGCUCAGCUCGGUUCCAAAUGGUGCCUUCCAUGAUCUGCACAAUCUCCAGUCUCUCCGUUUGGAUGCUAACCACAUCUCCAGUGUUCCCGCUGGGUGCUUCUCGGGCCUCAGGUCUCUUCGACACCUGUGGUUGGAUGAUAACUUCCUCACUGAGGUCCCUGUGGCUGCUCUUAGUGAGUUACCUGCUCUGCAAGCCAUGACACUGGCCCUGAACCAAAUCAGUUAUGUCCCAGACCAUGCAUUUAGCAAGCUGAGCCGACUGGUGGUCCUGCAUCUCAACAACAAUAGGAUCAUUUCCAUGGGCACAAACUGCUUCCACGGGCUGCACAGUUUGGAGACGCUAGAUUUAAACUACAACUCUCUAAUGGAGUUCCCUGUUGCCAUUCAUUCUCUCAAGCAUCUCAAAGAACUUGGGUUUCAUAGCAAUAAUAUCCAGUCCAUCCCAGAGCAUGCUUUCACAGGAAAUCCAACACUGAUGACAAUAUUUUUUUAUGACAAUCCAAUCCAGUCUGUUGGUCGCUCUGCUUUUCAGAACCUCCCAGAACUACGAACAUUAUCUCUGAAUGGAGCAGCAAAUCUCACAGAGUUUCCCAAUCUGACAGGAACUGCAAGUUUGGAGAGUUUAACCAUCACUGGAGCGAAGAUUACCGCACUGCCUCCAUCAGUUUGUGACCAACUCCCAAACCUUGAGCUGCUUGAUCUCUCAUAUAAUCAGCUCCAGACUCUGCCCAUCUUCUCUGGCUGUGAGAGCAUUCAGAGGAUAGACCUACACCAUAAUGAAAUACAAGAAUUAGAAGAAAACACCUUCAAUGGGCUGAUGUCUUUGCGCUCACUUGAUUUGUCCUGGAACAAACUUUCAUCUGUGAAGCCAAACUCCUUUUCUGCCCUUCCUGCAUUGACCAAACUUGAUCUAUCAUCCAAUCAGAUUGUUGCCCUGCCUCUGGCCAGCCUGCAUGCUCUGACUCACCUACGUUUGUCUGGAAACAAUCAGCUAAAGGAUCUAAUUCCACGAGAGACCCUGCCGAGAGUCAGAGUGAUGGAGUUACCUUACGCUUUCCAGUGCUGUGCCUUUGUCUCUUGUGAACAACAAGUAGCAGUGUCCACCUGGAGAAGAGAGGAUGUGGACAGAGCAGGGGCUGAGUCUGGAGACACUGUGUUCAUUUCCAGCCAAGUUGAACAUGACUGGGAAGAUUUUCUAAUUCAGUUUGAUGAUGAACCAAAACUUCACCAAACAGUGCAUUGCAGCCCAAUACCAGGGCCUUUCCGUCCCUGUCUCCAUCUGCUCGGAAGCUGGCUGAUCCGAGGAGGGGUGUGGUUGAUUGCAGCUAUCUCAUUGGUCAGCAACUGUCUUGUUGUUUCAUCCAUCUUCCUGGCCCCUGUCUCAAUGACCACCCCUUCUAAGUUGCUAAUUGGCUUGCUGGCCCUGGUCAAUGGUCUUUUGGGCGUGUGGAGUGGAUGGUUGGCUGCAGUGGAUGCCUGGACUUACGGCAAUUUCUGGAGGUAUGGCACUGCAUGGGAGAGCAGCUACAUGUGUGAACUCAGCGGCUUCUUGUACACCUUUGGCUCACAGACCAGCAUAUUUCUGCUCACCGUUUCAGCUUUGGAGCGAUGCUUAACUUUCAGCACUGGACCCCACAAAGUACAAGGACAAAGUGGUGGUCAGUCUUCAACUACACUUUCAAUACAACUUGCCAUAUUUUUGUGCUUUCUGCUGGGUUUGGCUGUAACACUACCCCCCCUGGUGGCUGGACACAGCAGCACAUCGCUCUGCUUGCUGCUGCCCUCCUCUGCCUCUUCUGCCUCUGUGGCCUUCUCGGUGUUCCUGGUGCUGUUGGACUCUCUGUGCUUUCUGCUGAUGAUAAUGGCCUACACACGUCUCUACUGUCAAACCAACAAGUCUCUCCCCAUUUCUGAAGAGGACGGGGCACUCACUCGACAUGUGGCGUGGUUACUCUUCUCAGACUGUCUCCUCUUCCUCCCAGUGGCCUUCCUCUCAUUCUCUUCAUUUCUUCACCUCCCGGCCGCCGGACCAGAUGCUGCUAAGGCCGUUCUCCUGCUGGUGGCGCCACUUCCCUCGUGCGUCAAUCCACUGUUGUAUCUCCUGUUCAACCCACUUGCGAGAGAUAAGUUAGUGACUCUGGCGAAGCACACUUGUGGGACUGUGAGUACACAGCUGUCCAUUAAACACAGAGGACCAAAAGGAACAUGCAGGUCAAGACAGUUAGACACAAAACAUGAUGAAGAUGCUGAAAAACAGUCAUGUGACUCAACUCAGGCCUUGGUGGGCAUCAGAGGAACAGAAGAAGAAGAGUCAGACUGUGGAAAGACUGAGGCUCAGCACACAGUCAUGUUUAUUGUGCCACAUCAUUAAUCGGACACAUUUGAACAUGUUAAAACAAAUUUAAGAUAGUACAUGCAUUAAAUUGAAGGAGAUUUUACUUUAUAAAGCCCUUUGUUUGCUACACUAGUA